AUUCCAGCUAGUAACUGUCAGUGUCAGCUGAUUCAGUUGAAGUUCAAAUACACAAGAAUUAUCAAAGAUAUCUUAAAAUUUAUAUAAUUAUAACAAUAUCUUUAUAUAAUUUACUCAAAAGCAGCAUACAUUCCAUGUCCUUCGAAGAGUAUGGUCUACUAUUCAAUUCAUUUCAGUGGAGUUAUUUUCAAAAACAUACCUUCUAAUCUGGCAUGAAAGGCCAAGUGCAAGUUAUAUUUAUGAUAUUCAUUCCAAAAAUAUAUUCUACUAGCGUAAUUCAGGUGUAUAUAUUUAAAAAUAUACCUUAGUAAAGUCCAAGGUGACCCAGAGUUCAAGAUAUCCUGAAAAGAAAAGUGUCUCCACAAAGAAUAAACAUAAAUUGUAAUUUAAUUAUCUGAGUAAACAUUCAUCUUAAUUCAAGAAUGAGAAAAUCAACAGAACGUAUUACUCCUGGUUCUGUUCUGCUCUCAGAAAAACCUUUUGUAUAUUGCCUCAGCUCGAAAUUAAGAUCAGAUUACUGUGACUAUUGCUUUAAGAAAGGUACACUUGAAGAGGCUCUUCGAAAAUGUAUUGCUUGCAAAUAUGUUUGUUAUUGUGGCUACGGUUGUCAAAAAAAAGGAUGGUCUUUCCAUAAAGCAGAAUGUCAGAACUUGAAAAAAAUCGCACCAAGACAAGUUCCAGAUGCUGCUAGAAUGUUGGCCCGAAUGGUUCAAAAACUGAACAAAGAUGGGAAAACAAUAAGAUCUUACUAUACUGAUAUCAACUUUAGAAUGUAUAAAGAUUUGAUGUCUCAUUAUCCGGAUAUGAGAAAUGACACCAAGAGGUUGGAACAUUUUGAGUGUCUUCAGGUGGUGCUAAAAGAAUUUAUGAGUGAGGAAGUACUUCCGAAUCCAGUCGAUCUCAUGGGUAUAUUUGGUAGGAUGUGCAUCAACAGUUUCAAUAUAUGCAAUGAAGAGCAACAAGUCCUGGGCACCGGACUUUAUCUAGGCGCAUCUGUAUUGGACCAUUCAUGUGAUCCAAAUGCUGUAGCUAUAUUUGAAGGUACCACCAUCCAUGUGAGGGCGUUGAAACCAAUGGAAUACUUAAACUGGUCUGAGGUGUUCAUAAGUUACAUUGACACCUUAAGUACAACAGAAGAGCGAAUAGAAGACCUGAAAAGAGUAUAUUACUUCACUUGUCAAUGUCAAAGGUGUUUGACGCCAGUUCUUGAAGAAAGUGCAGCUGCUUGUCCCAACAUUAACUGUGAUAACCCCAUAACCUCAAUUGAAGUACAGGAUUGUUCGAAGUGUGGGGCUCCGGUGACUAAAAACUUCAUUGACAAAUAUAAAGAAGUUACAGAACUUACCGAUUUGCAUUUACAGAAAAUGAAAGACAUGGCAUUUCUUGAUGCCUGUAGAAUAUGCUUGGAUCAGCAGGAGGGGGUACUGCAUAAAUUUAACACGAAACAUCUUAAAACUUUGGAUUUGACCUUCGAAUGCUGUAUAGACUUUAACAAAUUCGGAGAAGCUUUGAUAAUAGGUAGAAGAUUACAAGAAGCGUUUCAUAAAUACUAUGGAAAAUUCCACCCAUCUACAGGUCUACUACACUUGAAACUAGCGAAAAUUCUUGUGUAUCUCAAUCGUCUAGACGAAGGAAAAGAUCAGUUGAAAAAGGCUUAUGAAAUACUGAAAGUUACACACGGUGUCCAAAGUGGUGUUUUCAGGGAAGAAUUGUUACCUCUUCUUCAACAAUAUUCUCAAUAAAAUAAAUAGAGGAAAAAUUAAA